AUGAACCAUUUUGAAGAAGCUAGGCGACUAGAUGCGUUCAAGUCGGAGGUAGCGGCCCACAAAGGUGUCUCAUAUCUUCGUCAGAAGAAGAUUAUUCAUAAAGAUCUCCGCUCGAAAAACAUCUUCAUUGAAAGCAAAAACAAGGACGUUAUCACCAAUUUCGGACUCUUCAGCAUGGGACGAUUACGCUAUCCACGAAGGAAUAACGCUAUAUGGACAUCAUCACAUUGGUUGGCAUAUAUGGCACCAGAACUGAUCCGGUUAAUUGAUGAGGACUGUAGCGAUUUACCAUUUACCUAAAGCACUGACUUGUUUGCGUUUAGAUGGAAAGCUUCUUAUAUCCAGCUUUUUAUCUCUCCGUUCUCUCUUGAGUAGAGGCU